GAAUGCAUCAUAAGGGAGGAGUUAGCAGCGGCAGUGAAGUUUAGCCUAGCAGGAAACACCGAAGCUACCGCAGCAGCGGUGGAGAAACAAGGGGCAGAUUUUAGUUUUUAACCGGUGUUUAGACGUGAUAUUUCCUCGGCUUUACCGUAUUAAUUGAAUCUUGGGAGUACUCUUUUUGGGACUGGUCGCAGAUUCCCUGUUGAACGAGGAGAGGGCUCCUCACAAAGUAAAACACCGCUCACUAACCGGAGGUGAAAUCUUCUCCAGCGGCUGUAACGUUUAACGGUGGACGUCUGCGGAGGAACGGCCGUUUUUGAAUCAGGGUGCGUCAGUGGGCCCGCAGGCUCCACGCUGGUGCUGAGACAGGAUGAAGAGGUUCAGGCGACACGGCCAGGAGUCCCAGAGAGAUCGACUCAAACAGGAGCUCUUCCACUUCAACAAGACGGUGGAGCAUGGAUUCCCCCACCAGCCCAGCGCUCUGAGCUACAGUCCCUCCCUGCAGCUGUUGGCCAUCGGCACACGCUCCGGAGCCAUCAAACUGUAUGGGGCUCCAGGUGUGGAGUUCAUGGGUCUACAUGAUGAGAAUGCAGCUGUCACGCAGGUGCACUUCCUCCCCCACCAGGUUGAACUGGUGACUCUGCUGGAUGAUAACAGUCUGCACAUGUGGACUCUAAGAGCCCACAAGGGACUGUCUGAACUUAUGGAGAUAGGACGCUUCACACUCACUGGACCACCUGGGGCCCCUCCAAGUGUGACCAGAGUGACAGCGGUGCUCGCUCACUCCUUGGGGGAGCUGCUUCUGUUGGGGACAGAAGGAGGACAUGUUUUUGUCGUGGAAGUCCCCGGCUUCAGAGAGCUGGAGGAGAGAAACAUCAGUCUGGAUCAAGUCGCCAGCAGUGUACCAGACGACUACAUUGGCCGAAGGAACCUGGAACACGUAGAAGCCCUCCAGGAGAACCCGGUCAAUCCUAACCAGGUUAUCAUCGGUUACGGACGAGGUCUCAUGGUCAUCUGGGAUCUGGAGAAACAGUGUGCCAUCCAGCACAUCCCCGCCACUCAGCAACUGGAGAGUGUGUGGUGGACAGAAGACGCAAGUUACAUCCUCAGCUCGCACAGUGACGGGAGUUACUGUCGAUGGAUGGUCGGCGCGGAGGACCUGAUCGAGGAGGAGGAGAAGUCAGACAUUCCUUACGGACAUUUUCCCUGCAAGGCCAUUUCUAAAAUAGUUCAGCUUCCUACAGAAGAAGGUCCUCCAUACCUGCUGUUCAGUGGUGGCAUGCCCAGGGCCAGCUACGGGGACAGACACUGUAUCACAGUGAUCCAUGGAAAAACACACGUGGCUCUGGACUUCACCUCCAGGAUCAUCGACUUCUUCGCCAUCAGAGGCGACCCGCAGCACACAGGAGAUCCCAGUGCGCUCGUGGUGCUGGUGGAGGAGGAGCUUGUAGUGAUCGACCUGCAGACGGACAGCUGGCCGGUCAUUCAGACGCCGUACCUGGUUCCCCUCCACAGCUCCGCCAUCACCUGCUCCCACCACGUCUCCGCCAUCCCGCUCAAACUGUGGGAGAGGAUCCUCGCUGCCGGAGACCUCCAGAAGACACAUUACUCCAAAAAGCCAUGGCCGAUAACAGGAGGACAGAACCUGGCCUCCGACCCCCCACAGAGAGACCUGCUGCUCACAGGGCAUGAGGAUGGGACGGUGCGUUUCUGGGAUGCUUCAGGAGUCUGUUUGCAUCCCAUGUAUAAGUUAAGCACAGCUGGAGUUUUCCACACGGACGCCGACCCCAACGAUAACAUGAACCAAGGAACUGAAGGAGAGUGGCCGCCAUUCAGAAAGGUUGGCUGUUUCGACCCGUACAGUGAUGACCCUCGGCUCGGCGUUCAGAAGAUCCAUCUUUGUAAAUACAGCGGGUAUCUGACUGUGGCUGGUACGGCUGGACAGAUCCUGGUGCUGGAACUGAAUGACGAGGCAGCAGAUCAGAUAGUGGAGGCUAAAGUUGUGGAUCUGCUUCAGGGCCAGGAGGGUUUCCGCUGGAAGGGUCACACUCGGCUGGACGUGCGAGAGGAGCCGGUGCAGUUCCCCCCGGGUUUCCAGCCUUUCGCUCUGGUUCAGUGUCAGCCCCCUGCUGUGGUCACCGCUCUCACCCUGCACUCAGAGUGGAAGCUGGUCGCUUUUGGGACCAGCCACGGUUUUGGCCUCUACGAUUACCAACAGAAGAACAACGUCUUCGUCAAGUGCACUCUAAACCCCAGUGACCAGCUGGCCAUGGAGGGUCCUCUGUCCAGGGUGAAGAGCAUAAAGAAAUCCCUCCGACAGUCGUUCAGAAGAAUUAGACGCAGCAGAGUCUCGCUAAGAAAACAUCACGUCACCAACGCUGCCAAGCUCCAGGAGGCAAACGCUCGUCUGGAGGCGGAGCUGGCAGAGAUGGAGCUCGCCCCCGUCCAGAGAAAGAUCGAGGCUCGCUCCUCAGACGACUCCUUCACCGGCCUCGUACGGACGCUCUAUUUCGCUGACACCUUCCUCACAGACAGUUCACAUAACACACCCUCCCUAUGGGCGGGGACUAACGGCGGCUGUGUGUUUGCAUACAUGCUCCGCCUCCCUCCUGUAGAGCACAGGGCAGACGAGCCGAUCACUGCACAUCCAGCUAAAGAGAUCCAGCUGAUGCAUCGGGCGCCUGUCGUCGGCAUCGUGGUGAUGGACGGUCACGGGGCUCCUCUCCCCGAGCCUCUUGAGGUUGCGCAUGAUCUCGCUCGCUCACCCGACAUGCAGGGCUCGCACCACCUUCUCGUCAUAUCUGAGGAACAGUUUAAGGUGUUCACGCUGCCUAAAGUGAGCGCUAAGAUGAAGUUAAAGCUGACUGCGGUGGAUGGCUCCAGAGUACGGAGGGUGGGCGUGUCCUGGUUCGGCAGCAGUAAGUCGGAGGAGUAUGGCGAGAGUGGCUUGGUGGUCCUGACCAAUCAGGGCGACGUCCAUGUGGUGUCACUGCCGUCAGUCAAGAUGCAGGUUCAGCACCCGUGCAUACGCCGAGAGGACGUCAGCGGCAUCGCUUCCUGUGUCUUCACCAAACACGGCCAGGGCUUCUACCUGAUCUCUCCAUCCGAGUUUGAACGCUUCUCUCUGUCCACGCGCUUCCUGGUGGAGCCUCGCUGUCUGGUCGAGCUUCCUCUUCGAUCAGGCUCCAAACGCAGGCUCCAUUCUGACGGCGCGUCACCGGCGCACAGAAACACCAGACUCACCAGUGACGACGCAGAGAGCGCAGCUAGACGUGUUAUGGAGCAUGCUUUGCUGAAUGACGAGCAGGUGCUUCAGGAGAUCCAGAUGUCACUAGAAGGAGACCAAACGUCGUUCCUGGAGAAUAAUGUGAAGAAUGCUGUAGCUUGAGAGACAUCACUGGAUACCUGAGGUGAGACGAAGUGUGAACAGUGGCGUUGAUGUACUCCUGCAGUCCUGUAGCAGCUCUCGCCUCCUGCUACGCUGACACAACCACUACUGACCCCUGACCCCCUCGCCUCAGUGUCUGACCUCCCCUCUCUCAGCGGCCCCUCACACAGAGACACCAAAGGGCUCCUGACAGUCCUGCUUUACGUGCACCCGCUCGGCUGUUCGAAUGUCGCGUCGCGGUGCAGACAGAGCGGAGGGAGAGACGCCACCUGUGCCUGAAGACCACGCGCUGUACUCCACCACCGCAGCACGGUCACAAACAUUUAACCCAAAGCCACAUGAAGCACAUUCCUGACACGUGACCAACGCCAAACUUCAUCUGACCAGCAUCCUGAAACUGCCACUUGUUGAAGCUGUUCGACUUUGAUAACCUCCACGCCUCCAUCCUGAAGCCUUUUUUUUUUUUUUUUUUUUUAAAUCACCACCAGCCUUUGCACGAAGAAACGGUUCGUCCAAUCGACACUCUUCCCCUCUGCUGGCCGUCAUCUCCCCACAUAGACAGAACAGCUGGAAGGGAACGUGGGGAAAGAUUUGAAUAAUGUUGCUGGAGAUAUUUUCUCGCUUGAAUUUCAUGUAAUUUGUGCCUCAUUUUGUUAUUUUUUUUUUUAAAUUGGAAGAAAUCUCAGAUUUACACAUUGGAAGCUCAUGUCUGCCAAGAAAAGAAAAAAUAUGAGAAAUGUGGAGAAUAAGAGAAAUAAAACGCAAGGUUAAAAUGCGUUAUGUUAGGAAACAGGACGUCAAAACGAAACAUUAGUCAUUUUUAAUUCAUACUUUUUAAACUGAUUCUAUUUAAUUGAUACAACAUCCGCUACUUGACAAACUCUGAAGUUUGAACUCUAGUUUAUAAUCAUUUUGGCUCAAAAUGUUUUUCUUGUUGCAUCUUUCUGCCUCGCUCUUACUUUUUUUUUUAAAAAUCCCAGCAUGCCACGAUAAUUAUUUUACAACUUUUCAUUCCUAUUUUUCAUUUAUUUUUUUAAUUCUAUUGGAGUGAAUGAGCUUCCACACUUCUUCAGAUGAACUGUUAAGGGAAACUGUCUUGAGAAGAGAAAAAAAAAAAAUUAUGUUCAAUCACAAUGAUGUAAAAUUGUUUGUUUUUUUAAAUCUGUCAGUCAGCAUUGAUGAAUCAGUAAAAGCAUUACAAAGUGUGUUUGUGCUCACACAGCCCUGUCUCCACCCGUCCACUCGGAGACUUUCUCACCCGCCCGUCGGUACUUCUCCACCGUGCUGUCAUUUUUUGGGGGAACAGCUUUCUACGGGGUUUUUGGUUUUUAAUUAUUUUUUAUGUAAACAUUUUUUUUUUAUUCCAACAAUGAAUAAUGUAAUUUAGGAAUGUAAUUGUAAGCUACUUUAGUGAAAUCUGUUUAAUAUAUACAGUAUGUGACUCAGUCUGUACCUGUGGGCCUGAUGUAACGGGGUUGGCUGCUACGUAGAUCAUAUUUUGGUACUGUGUCUCAGAAUGCUGGGUAUUUUAGCAUCAACCUAGAAUAUAUUUUUGUAGUGAACUGAUUAAGAACCCUAAUUUUUUUUAUUUGUAACCUCACACUACAGUCUUUUUGUGGAUAAUUAUUACAUGUUUUCUGCAGAA